UAGAGGUAAAUUAAAUCUGUCACCAGUGAAAACGCGGAUGCUGACGCGCUGCUGAGGUGUCUCUUAUACCGAUCUAGAACGACGUACUGCCGACUCAACCGAUAUGGAGAAGUUCCAUCUAAAUAAGGUUUGAUAAAAAUUACAAAGACUGCCCAAAGACAGAUAAAAAAAAAUUGAUACGGACGCGGUGUCAAUCAGCGGUGUAAGUCUCCUGUCACAAUAUUGUUGAACAUCGAACCCGACACAUUAAGAAUGAAGUUAGUAAAUAUUUUGCUUUUGUCGUGUGUUUUAUUUGUAUCUGGGGACAACGUAUGCGACAAGGAUGAUAAAGAGUGUAGAGAAGAGGAAAAUCUAAAGUCCAAGUACUCGAAAGAUACAAACAGUGGUAGAUGGAAGAAAUACCUUAAGAAAAUAGAAACUGCCGUUAAAGAUUACAAAGACUGUUCACAGGACGACUGCAGCUGCCACCUCAGUGUUAUUGAAGAGGAUUUGUCAACAUGGAGAGAUGGUAUCACAGAGGGUUUCAACAUGGCCAAAAGCAGUAAAUAUGGCUCCCAUUACCAAAUCAUCAAUCAUAAAUUAUACAGAGAAGACGACUGCAUGUUCCCAUCAAGGUGUAGCGGGAAUGAGCACUUCAUUCUUCAGGUGAUUGAGAAGUUACCUGACAUGGAGCUUGUUAUUAACGGUCGAGACUGGCCGCAAAUAUCCUUACAGCAGCCCAUUCCAGUCUUCUCAUUCAGUAAAGUGAGAGGACAAAGCCAUGACAUCAUGUACCCAGCCUGGACGUUCUGGGAGGGGGGACCAGCUGUUUGGCCAAUUUACCCCACAGGACUGGGGCGCUGGGACAAGCAGAGAGAGAUCAUUCCAAGAGCUGCUAAGAAAUGGCCAUGGGAGGAAAAGAAAAAUAAAGGAUUCUUUCGAGGUUCGCGGACCAGCUCAGAGCGGGACCCUCUAGUACUGCUGUCUAGAUCCGAUCCGGAGCUAGUGGAUGCGGAAUACACGAAGAAUCAGGCCUGGAAGUCAGACGCUGAUACGUUACACCGGCCACCAGCGAAGGAAAUCAGCCUGGAAGAACACUGUGACUACAAAUACCUGUUUAAUUUCCGUGGUGUGGCAGCCAGUUUUCGGUUUAAGCAUCUCUUCCUGUGUGACUCGGUUGUGUUCCAUGUGGGGAGUGCUUGGUUAGAAUUCUUCUAUCCAGCAAUGAAGCCAUGGGUACAUUACAUUCCUGUGAAAGAGGACUUGUCCGAUGUACGGGAACUUUUAGAGUUCGCAAAGGAGAAUGAUGAAGUAGUACACCAAAUAGCCAAGAGAGGGAAGCAAUUCAUUUGGGAUCACUUGAGAAUGGAGGAUGUGACAUGUUACUGGGAGAAUCUACUAAAGAAAUAUGCCAAACUUUUAAAAUUCAAACCAAAACGAAACCAAAAGUACAAGCAAAUCAAAUAGGACGUGUAUUUUGAUAGUUUAGAUGCGUGUUUUUAAGAAUAUUUUCAUCAUAUCUGUGAUUUACUUGCUGAAUAUUGUUGAUCUUUGUAUGUAGUGAAUACAUAAUAUUAUUCAUCAAUACAUUCCUGUGGAAUUAUUUUUUCUUAUACUAUAUAAGCAGAAUUUUUAAUGAGGACUUAAUUUUGGCAUUAUUAGCAAAGGUGUCAAGAUCACCAAAAUUGAAUAUCAUUAACAAUUUAUUCUUAUUGUAUGCAAUAGACUCUAAAGUGAUCUCUGUUUUGGAAUUAUAAAGUCACUAUAAAAUUAGCUAAAUGCAUGUAUACCCAUUUUUAUGGGACAAAUACUAAAUUUGCGUCUCGCUAAAAAUUCCACUUGUACAGUAUUUUAAGAUCUAUAUUUUUGCUACUUGUUAGUUAGUGGUAGGAAAUUAGUGAUAUUUUCAUGCUGUAUGAAAGAUUUUGUAAAUCCUUGUAAUUAAGAAAUCCAAUUAAACUGAUGAAGAUAAUCUAUUUCAGUCAAAUCUGAUGUGACGAUAAACUGUAGUUAUUGUUGCUUUUAUCAUAAAAACUAGCUUUGUAGAAAUAUUGAGUAGUUUGAAGAUGUUUAGCAUGGGCUUCCAUUAAAGGAACUGACUCACGAUUUUACCCAAAAUUUUGUUUUUCACUUUUAAUGAUCAAAAUCUACUGUCUAAUGUGUUUGAAAGAUUUCACAUGAAAAUUAAGGCUAUACAUCAUCACAGAAGCUCAUUUUUUGUUUUGUAAACAAAGACUCCGGUAUGCUAUUGUUUACGAAAUUUUCAAAAGAAAUGGAUAUCGAUCUAAGUAUUAAUAUAUCUUUCACAUUUCAAGCAUUUUGGGGGUGAAAUGUGUCAUCUAAAAGUACAAAGUGACUAUGCAAAAUUAAGAUGCAUUAUAUUACAAAAGCAAUAUUUCACUUGUUUGUUUGUUUACAUAAAAAGACUCGAGUCUUUACAUAACACAUAUUUAAAGCUAAAAUAUUGCUUUCAUCCUUGUAUUCAGAAGGUCAAAAUUUUGGCUGUCAACAUAAAAUGAGUUAUAUUUCUGAUGUUCAACAUAAAAAAUGUGAAAAAUAUUUUUAUCAAAAAUCGUGAACCAGUCGUCCCUUUAAAACAGCAAUUUUACAAUGUUUUUACAACAGGAAUAUCCUAUUCCAAUAAAAUUAUACAUUAA